AUAUUUUCUUAUUUUCUAAUUUAUUUUAAAUUCCUUGAUUUAAAAAAAAAAAAAAUUUUCUAUCUGCUCAUAUCGCUGCGCGUAACACAAAUGCAAAUUCACCGCGUGACCGUCAAUCUGAACAUACAGAAUAGGUAACUAUAGCAGCUUUUGUUGUUGUUCAUUUUGUAAGCCGAAACAUUUCAAAACACAAGGAAUAGAAGAGAAAAACAAAAAUAUUGCAAAGACAUGGCGAACAAUUGCAAAGAUUGUGAUCGUUUACAGCCUAAAUGUUUGGGCACAGGACCGACUAGACCGAUUUACAAUCAGCCAACCAUGUAUGAUCAUUUCAACAAUUUUCAAAAAUUCAAACAAAUUCGCGAAGAGGAAGAAUUCAUUGAGAAACGCAAAGAGGACUUACUCAAGUUCAAUUCAACUUUUACAAAUUUCAGCUUAAAUCGCGUUAUUAAUAGAGACGAAUUCGAACAGCUCAGCACUCAGGAUAUAGCUCGAUUUCGUCGUCAAUUGAGCAUGGGAAACUGGGAUCAUUUGCUAUCUGAACAAAUGCCUGAUGCAAUCGGCAGUGGUAAAAUUACUCGCAAUCAACCAACGCCAAACAGAUGUCAUCAUCAACUGUGGGCUUUAACGCGUACCCCUGUCCAAUGUCCUAUUACUGCUUGUAAUCGUACUAUAGGUAUUACGUUCGUGUUAUCGCAUUAUUUGAGAGAUCAUAGUGACGACUUUGGCGUACAAUGUCAAGAAAUAUUAUCUGGUAAACGUACGAUUUUAAUCUUCAAACCGGGAAAUUUGGAAUUUCGUGAAAAUAUGUGUUUGGGUGUUUUAGCUUACGGCGGUAGUGGUGACGAAAGAUGCGAUUGUCCCGCUGAGCGCGGUCUUUGCAUGCAUAAUUCUUUUUUGCCAAAACCUCAGGAAAAUUAUGAUGCCCAUCUUGCUAUAUUAAUAAUGGGGUGUCGUACCUCAUGGAUGGCCACCUUGUGUAACAAAGAACUCGAAGAGGAACUCAUAAAUCGUAAAAAUGUUUUUCAAGAAAUGAUCGUCAUCUGGUUGGCGAGCGUUCAAACGACGAAAGCAAUAUACUGUACUGUAACUGUAUAUGAUAAGUUAAUGACGUCGGCUAGAAGUUCUAUAAUGCGAGUCCGAAAUUUAAGCGAUUCGCAAAAUCCCAGUGUAUUUUGGUCGACUGAUGCCAAUUGUAUAAGGCUGGGUCGAGGUGAAAUUGAAAUACUAUCGAGAGGUCAUACUGAAGACAUACGCAUGGAAAUUAUGAUAAAUGAAUAUGAACCUAAACAACUGAAGGAGCAACCUCAAGAACAGGAAUCACAAUCGUCCCAACCGCAACGAUAAACCUCCAUACCACCACAACAAGAAUAAGCUGCCGUAUAUACCGUAAAAUAUUGUAAAAAAAUUAAAGAAUUUAUCUUUGUAUUAAAAUUUGAACGUUUUGAAAUGUAUGACUUUCAAU